AUGGCCUCGCUGCCCUACCGUCGUCCCUCUCGCCAGGCCUCCCGCCAGGCCUCGAGCGACCCGCGCGAGGACAUACAGGUGCAAUUGGACCAUUUCAUUGGCAUUGACGUUGGAACUGGCAGUGCCCGCGCCUGUAUCAUUGAUGCCAAGGGCGACAUCGUCGGCCUGGCCUCCGAGAACAUCGGGCUCUGGCAGCCGGAGCAUGGUUACUACGAACAAUCCACCUCCGACAUCUGGCGCUGCAUUUGCAUUGCCGUGCAGCGAGCCAUCAGCCAGCACAACAUCAACCCCGAGACCGUCCGGGGUAUUGGGUUCGACGCUACCUGCUCGCUAGCAGUCUUUGACCAUGAGACCGACGAGCCCGUCUCGGUAACCGGACCAAACUUCGACUCAGACCGCAAUGUGAUUCUGUGGCUGGACCAUCGACCCGUCGAGGAGGCAGCAAAGAUCAACGCAACUAACCAUAAUCUACUCCGAUACGUCGGCGGGAAGAUGUCCAUUGAGAUGGAAAUCCCCAAGGUGCUUUGGCUGAAGAACAACAUGUCCAAGGAGCUCUUCGACAAAUGUAAAUUCUACGACUUGAGCGAUGCGCUGACGCACAUUGCCACAGGCAAUGAAAAGCGGAGCUUCUGCAGCGUCGUCUGCAAGCAGGGCUAUGUGCCCGUCGGCGUGGACGGCAGUGUCAAGGGAUGGCAAGAGGAUUUCUUGAACGAGAUUGGACUGAGUGAUUUGACGGAGGAUAACUUUAAGCGCAUGGGCGGAGUCAACGGGGUGAAUGGUGAUUAUCUGAGCGCCGGAGAGCUGGUCGGUACUCUUUGUGAAAAGGCUGCUGCGGAGCUGGGCUUGCCGGCUGGAAUUGCCAUUGGCAGUGGUGUCAUUGACGCCUAUGCCGGGUGGAUUGGCACCGUCGGAGCCAAGGUCAGCCUGGGUGCACCCCAUUUGAGUGAUGAAGUCGCCAAGAACGACAAGACACAAGCAUUCUCUCGACUGGCCGCUGUAGCGGGAACGUCGACAUGCCACCUGGCAAUGUCUCCAGACGCGGUCUUUGUGAACGGUGUCUGGGGUCCAUACAAGGACACUAUUCUACCAGGCUACUGGAUGGCCGAGGGUGGGCAGUCCGCGACAGGCGAACUGCUCAAGCACGUAAUCGAAACGCACCCAGCAUUCAACCAAGCCCACUCGAUUGCCGAGUCCUACCACACCAAUAUCUACGAGUACCUGAAUGAGCAUCUCAAGGAGAUGGUGCAGGACCAAAAAGCACCUACAGUCUCGUAUCUCGGCCGCCACUUCUUCUUCUACGGUGACCUCUGGGGCAACCGAUCCCCCAUUGCAGACCCGAAUAUGACAGGCUCCAUCUUCGGAUUGACCAGCGACAAGAGCGUCGACGGACUGGCAAUGUUCUACUACGGUACAUUGGAGUUCAUCGCGCUGCAGACCAAGCAAAUCGUGGAAACGAUGAACAAAGCCGGACACAAUAUCACCUCGAUCUUCAUGUCUGGCUCGCAAUGUCAAAACGACAUCCUGGUACAUCUGAUCGCAUCGGCAUGCGACAUGCCCGUCGUGAUCCCUCGCUACAUCCACGCAGCCGUGUGCCACGGUGCCGCCAUGCUUGGCGCCAAAGCCGCCAGCUCUGACUCGGAGGGUCGGACGGAGGAUCUGUGGGAAAUUAUGGACCGGAUGAGCAAGCCUGGUAAGAAGGUGAUGCCUACGGAAGAUCCCAAGGAGAAGGCUCUGCUGCAGGCCAAGUAUAAGGUGUUCUUGGAGCAGUGCUUCGGGCAGCAGAAGUACCGAGAGAUGGUCGAUGAGGCUGUGGGCGAUUGGGGAUCUGCCUAA